AUGAGAAUAAUAAAAGGAAUGAAUCAAGUAGUGCCUUCAACAAAAGAAAAAGGACAUUAUUGUUGGGGAUUACAUUAUAAAAGAGAUGAAAAAAAAGGCGGUUUACUAUAUUUAAACGAAUAAUUAAUGAAAGAAUAAAAGCUAGUUAUUUAUAGUAUAGUGAAAAAAAUCGGUUCUAAUAUUUUAAAUGGCAAAUCUAUUAUGAAUAUUUCCAUGCCAGUUUAACUUUUUGAUAAGAAAUCAAUGAUUUAAAGACUUGCUAAAGGAUUUGGACAUGCCCCAAACUUUUUAGAAAAAGGAGGUUUAACAAAUAGUUAUAUAGAAUAAAUUAAAUAUUGCGCAGCUUUUAUGUUAUCUUCCUUUAUUAUGGGAUUUAAUUAAGAAAAACCUUUCAAUCCUAUAAUUGGUGAAACUUUAUAAGGUAGAUUAAAUGGAUGUCCUAUAUACUUCGAACAGACUUCACAUCAUCCGCCUAUUUCUAAUUAUUAUUUAUAUGGAAGAGGAUAUGAUUUAUAUGGAUGUCAUAUUUCAGCAGUAAAUAUGGGAGCAAAUUCCCUAACUGGUUAUUUGCAAGGAAAUCCAAUAAUUCAUUUUAAAUAAAACAAUUAAAAAGUAUAUUGUCUAUGGAAUAGUUUUAAUUUAUUUGGUACCGCAAUAGGUACUCGUAUGUUAAAUUGUUUCGGAAAAGCAUAUGUACUUAACCCUUCACAAAACUUAAUUUUAGAAAUAAUUUACAAUCCGAAUAAUGCAAAUGGAUUUACAAGUUUAUUUUCUAAAAAAAAUCAAAUCGAUGAAUUUAUAGGUUGCAUCUAUAAAGUACAUCCUGGUGUCUGUGAUAAAUUCAUGGAAGCCCAUAAGUCCCUUUCAAAAAAAUAAUAAGAAGUUUCAUUAGACAUGAAUAAAGAUAUAGUAGAAUUAAUAUCUAGGGCUUCAGGUAUUUGGAAUUCUCAUAUAGAUUUCGAUGAUGUAAGGUAUUGGGAUGAUUCUUAAGAUUUCCCAUAUAGAUGUGAAUAUGAAGUAAACCCAUUACCUUCGGAUUCUAGAUUUAGAAUAGAUAUGUUAUAUUUAUUGAAAAAUGAUUUGAAAAAAUCUUAAGCAGAGAAAGAAUUAAUGGAAGAAGUUUAAAGACAUGAUUAAAGUAAAUAUGGUUACAUUAAUAAAGAUGAUAUCUAAAUCGGAAGCCAUGAAAUGGAUAAAAAAUUUAAUACUGAAUGCUCAAAUUAUUAUUAUUGUUAUGAUAAUUGUUUAAAAGAAUCUGAAGGAGAUUGGGUAAAUUCUUUAAGAAAAAGUCUUAAUUGA